CGGGUCAAAAUGAAGGCUUUGGAUCGGAAGAAGGUGGUAGUUGGGCGAUCGCGGCUCGCCCUCCCUUCCGGAUGGAGCGAGACCGGGAGACGGCGGGGCUUGGAGCAUUCACUCUCACGUGGACCUUUACCUGCCCAUUUAAGGCGCACCAAUCCUUCUACAAUCUCUAGCCCUCUCUUCUGGUUUUCGCCUCCUCUCUCCCCCGGUUUCCCCCCUUUCUCAGGUAAUCUGCCCGCUUAUUGGCUAUUGUUAGUUCCGCGUGGGCGGGUGCGUUCUCCUGCAAACUGAUCGCUGCCUGCUUCGAAGUCAUGUCUGAAGCUCAAAGGGAACCUGUAAUUACAGAAGCUCUACACCUGAAUAGAGUUGUAAAUGGAACAUUUCAAGUCAGACAUACAGCUGCAUUGUCUAAAGUGGAUGAUUUCUGCAAGGCUCUUGGUGGAAAGACACCUAUUCACAGCAUAUUGAUUGCAAACAAUGGAAUGGCAGCAGUUAAAUUCAUUCGCAGUGUCAGAACUUGGGCCUAUGAAACUUUUGGAACUGAAAAGGAAAUUCUUUUGGUGGCUAUGGCAACUCCUGAAGAUUUGAGAAUUAAUGCAGAGCACAUAAGGAUUGCAGAUCAAUUUGUUGAAGUACCUGGUGGAACCAAUAACAACAAUUAUGCUAAUGUUCAACUCAUUGUUGAGUUGGCAGAGAUAACUCAUGUUUCUGCUGUGUGGCCUGGUUGGGGUCAUGCUUCUGAGAACCCUGAGCUUCCAAAUGCACUGCAUGCCAAGGGAAUCAUUUUUCUUGGGCCUCCUGCUGCACCUAUGGCGGCACUAGGGGAUAAAAUAGGUUCUUCUUUGAUUGCUCAAGCUGCAGGAGUACCAACACUUGCUUGGAGUGGCUCACGUGUUAAAAUACCACCAGAUAGUUGUUUGGAUACAAUUCCGGAGGAAAUAUACAAGGAAGCUUGUGUAUAUACAACAGAGGAAGCAGUGGCUAGUUGUCAGAUGAUUGGUUACCCAGCCAUGAUCAAGGCAUCUUGGGGUGGCGGUGGUAAAGGCAUAAGGAAGGUGUAAACAAAACACCAUUCAACCUUAGCAAUAUUUAAUUCUUGCAUUUCUAUCAUUGUGAU